GAAAUAUAUUAUGUUGGAUAGAAUGUUCUCCGUGUACAGGAGGGGAUAUCAGAAAGUGUAAAGUCCCAAGACUUGGUCGGCCCUGGAAGCCAGAUGAAGUCUGAAAGUGCCCCGCGUGUUCGCCUUUGUCGAGUAUGUCCAUGGACUAUCAGUACCCGCGAGAUCGAGAAGCUUGCUGCACGUGUUUCAUUGACGGUCGUUGAGCACUCGCAGCAAGGAUCCGAUUAGCCUGCAGGCAAAUUCUCUCCGUGAUAAACCUUGCGCUUCAUUGCGCUUGUUACUCUACCUCUCGCCUUUAACUGUUCUCAGAAUCGUCUCACGAGAAUCGACGGUUCUUUGAGAUCUUUAGUAUAGUGAUAUCCAAAACACUGGAUCAAGAAUGAAAAUCGCCACCACAUUAUUCCUCUUCGUAGUCGUCGGAUGUACGUGGCGAGAGGCGCUAGGCACGUGUGUGUUUCAAUCGGACUUUGGUUUUGUUCUAAACUGCGCUUUCAAAAAGUCCGGUCUCUUCCGUGUCAGAAAUCUCGGAGGUGUAAAGGGUUACGUCGGCCUGGGAUUUUCCAUUGGAGACGAGCUAGGCUUUGGCCAAUCGCUCUCCAAUUUGGAAAGUGCAAAAAGAAGAAGCGUGCAAUCGAACAGAGUCAAUGGACUUGCACUUAAUCCUGUGAAUACGGCAAACAACAAUCGCGAUGAACAAUCGCGUGCAGGCUCGGUUAAUACCCGCCAAGUAGUGCCGCCUUUCAAGCCGUUGCCUAUCGGUACGGCCCGCCCCAUGACCCAGCAACCUGAACAUCAGAAAUUGGUAGUGAACGCAACAACUCUUAAAACGUCACCAGCAGUGCUGUCGGCGAUGCAGCAAGAAGCGUUGCGUCAGCAUCACCAACGGAUUCAUCAAGAAACCAAGCUGAAGCAACAGCAGAGAAUACAACAGGAGGCGUUGGCGGUACAGAUAUUAAAACAGCAACGUCUGCAACAGCAGGAAGCAAUGAGACAGCAACAAAUACAGCAACAAAAGUUGCAGCAACAGCAGAAACAACAGCAGCAGCAAAUACUCGCGCAACGACAGCAGAUUCUGGCGGGAGAAAAGAAGGACCAACUGAUUGUGUCACCACAAAUGAUAGCGGUGGCUGGAGCGAUGCCGAAACUACCUGUCGUCGCCGCAAUUCCGUCAGUUGGUAUGGUCGAAGCCGAGGCCCUUCCAUCAUCAAAGGCGACGACUAAUUUAGUCUCGGCAAACGCUGGUUUACCGCCUUUCAUCGCGAUGCCGCAGUCGUCUGCGAAGCUCACGAACAGAAUCAGUGGUAGUGGCACGUUGCUACAGGACUCCGACAACGAAGUAUCAAAAGAUGAUUACACUCAGUUACCUUUGCCGAGCGACGAGAUGGCUGCUUCAGUAAACGAAAUGACGCUGCUCUCGCUGCAGCCCAUUUCUGCAAGUGAUGCUGGUCAAUCGCCUCUUCAACAAAAUGAAAAGCGACAGUCUUUGCCACUAACCAAUAGUUUACCUUCCUUGGCCCCCAUUCAAGGAAUGCAAAGCUCCUUGAAAGCUCUUGCAGAAGCAAGUAAUAUUACUCUAGAAGCCCUGGAAGCAGCGAUUCUUCUAAGACAGCAACAGCUUCUUAAAAAGCAACAGGGACCCACUACAAGUACCAGUACCACUACAACAUCCACACUCGCGCCCCUUAAAAAUAAAUAUAAUUCCGGAGCUACCAAAGUGAUGAAUGCUCCGCGUGAAUACUAUCCCGUUGGAUACGACAAGAAUUUCGACGACAACUUCGCAAGUCGCGUCGAUCUGCCGGAUACAAGCUUCUAUUGUGGCGAUCAAAAGCAUUUCCCGGGUCUCUAUGCCGACGAGGAUCUGGGAUGUAUGGUGUUCCACGUUUGCGCACUGACUGAUGACGGUCUGAUCAUGAAGAGCUUCCUGUGUCCGGAAUCGACGUUGUUCGAUCAAACGAUUCUGAAGUGCAACUGGUGGUUCUACGUAGACUGUAAAUCUUCAAAGAACCUGUACGACAGUAAUAUACCCAUCAGCAAGAGCUAUCAAUUAAUGAAGGCCCUGGCGUUCUUCUCAGCGUAUAAAAAUCACGACAACAGUACAAACAACGCGGAGGAAAGCGAAGACAAUUCUUGAGUCAAGCAGCAGAUUAAUC